UUUUCUCUACGUGCGUGAAAUGGUCUAUCGAAAGACCAAACUUUAUUUUCAAUAUUGAAUAUUUGUAUCAAUUAGUGCUUAAAUAUAUAUAGUUAAUAAACCUCGCAUUUAAUUGUGGUGUGUGCUGUGCUAGAUCUGAAGUGAAGUGAAAUGUGGUCGAUGACAGUGUAAAACUAAUAAAACCCCAUCAAUCAAAUUAUGUUAUUGUAAAUAACAAUAUAUCUGUGAUCUCUGUGUAUAGCCGCUAGUUUAUAUACACGUUAAUCAGUGUUAAUUAAUUAUUUAGUUUGUUUAUGAAUCGACGAUGAGUGGUGUUAGCUUGAAACCGCCGCCGCCGCUGAAGCAAAUUGAUUUGGAUCAGAUAUGGGGCGACCUGCGCGAGGGCAUAGAACAUGUCUACAGGAAACAACAUAUGGAGAGAAAGCGAUACAUGGAGCUGUAUACUCAUGUAUACAAUUACUGCACCUCGGUGCAUCAGAACACGUUCACCGGCAGCAGCACGUCGCACAGCCGGCCACAGGGCAGCUACGCGAGGCAGAACCAAGGCGCUGGCCUUGUCAAUAAGAAACAGAGUCCAGCGACGACCGGCGGCGCUCAGCUGGUCGGCUUGGAGCUCUACAAGCGGCUUAGGGAGUUCCUCAGGAACUACCUCGUCAACCUCCUUAAGAACGGAGCCGAUCUAAUGGGCGAAGAUGUUCUCGCCUUCUACACGAACCAGUGGGAAGAAUACCAGUUCAGCUCGCGCGUGCUUAACGGAGUCUGCGCUUACCUCAACAGGCAUUGGGUUAAGCGUGAGUGCGAGGAGGGCAGGAAGGGUAUCUACGAGAUUUACCAGCUGGCGUUGGUCACGUGGCGCGACAACUUGUUCAAAUGUCUGAACAAGCAGGUCACGAACGCUGUGCUGAAGCUGAUCGAGCGGGAACGCAACGGGGAGACUAUUAACACGAGACUCGUUUCGGGGGUGAUCAACUGCUACGUAGCUCUCGGCCUGAACGAGGAGGAUCCAAGCGCCCGCGGACAGAACCUCGCCAUCUACAAGGACACCUUCGAGGCCGUGUUCCUCGAGGACACGGAGCGCUUCUACACCAGGGAGAGCACCGAGUUCCUGAGGAACAACCCGGUCACUGAAUACAUGAUCAAGGCCGAGCAGCGUUUACAAGAAGAACAGCGACGUGUGCAAGUAUACUUGCACGAGACGACCAUGGAGCGGCUCGCCAAGACCUGCGACCGCGUGCUCAUCGAGAAACACCUCGAGAUCUUCCACGCCGAGUUCCAGAAACUCCUCGACGGCGACAAGAACAGCGACCUCGGGCGCAUGUACAGCCUCCUGGCGCGCAUCCCGGACGGGCUCACCGAGCUGCGGCGCCUGCUGGAGCAGCACAUCCACGCGCAGGGGCUGCACGCCAUCGACAAGUGCGGCGAGCCCGCGCACACGGACCCGAAGGUGUAUGUUUCAACAAUACUGGAAGUGCACAAGAAGUACAACGCGCUCGUGUUGGUCGCAUUCAACAACGAUUCCGGCUUUGUGGCCGCCCUCGACAAAGCUUGCGGUCGAUUUAUUAACAGCAAUGCCGUGACUCGCGCCGCGAACUCCUCCUCCAAGAGUCCCGAGCUGCUCGCCAAGUACUGCGACCUGCUGCUGAAGAAAUCCAGCAAGAACCCCGAGGAGGCCGAGCUGGAAGACACGCUCAACCAAGUGAUGGUUGUGUUUAAAUACAUAGAAGACAAGGACGUGUUCCAGAAGUUCUACAGUAAGAUGCUCGCAAAACGGCUCGUCCAGCACAUGUCGGCGAGCGACGACGCUGAAGCAUCAAUGAUCUCAAAACUGAAGCAGGCGUGUGGGUUCGAAUACACGAGUAAACUACAGAGGAUGUUCCAGGACAUCGGCGUAUCUAAAGACUUGAACGAGAACUUCCGAAAGCACAUGUCCAACAGCUCGGAGCCGUCCCUGCACAUCGAUUUCAGCAUCCAGGUGCUCUCGUCCGGCUCCUGGCCCUUCCAGCAGUCAUCUUCCUUCCAGUUGCCUACAGAACUCGAACGUUCCGUGAGCCGCUUCACAACGUUCUACUCGUCUCAACAUUCGGGCCGCAAGCUCAACUGGCUGUAUAACAUGAGCAAGGGCGAACUCGUCACUAAUUGCUUCAAGAACAGAUACACGCUUCAAGCCAGUACGUUUCAAAUGGCGGUGUUGUUACAAUACAACGAAAAUACAGCGUGGAGCGUUCGCCAGCUAGAGCAACAUACAGGGAUUAAGGGUGAUUUCCUCGUUCAGGUGCUGCAAAUCCUGCUGAAGGCCAAGCUGCUGGUCUGCCAAGAAGACGAGUCCGAGCUGACCGAGUCAUCCAUAGUGGAGCUCUACGUAGGAUAUAAGAACAAGAAACUAAGGGUGAACAUUAACAUCCCGCUGAAGACCGAACUGAAGGUAGAACAGGAGGCCACACACAAGCACAUCGAGGAGGACAGAAAGAUGCUUAUCCAGGCGGCGAUCGUCCGGAUAAUGAAGACCAGAAAGACGCUGAAACAUCAACAUCUCGUAGUGGAGGUGCUCAACCAGCUCUCGUCGCGGUUCAAGCCACGCGUACCCGUCAUUAAGGUACUUCAUUCUACACUACACUUCAACAUUUCACCCUGUAUAUACAGGGUUAAGGUACUUCCUCAUUAUACACUACACUUCAGCAUUUCAGCCUGUAUACACAGGGUUAAGGUACUUCCUCAUUCUACACUACACUUCAGCAUUUCACCCUGUAUACACAGGGUUAAGGUACUUCCUCAUUAUACACUACACUUCAGCAUUUCACCCUGUAUACACAGGGUUAAGGUACUUCCUCAUUAUACACUACACUUCAGCAUUUCACCCUGUAUACACAGGGUUAAGGUACUUCCUCAUUAUACACUACACUUCAGCAUUUCAGCCUGUAUACACAGGGUUAAGGUACUUCCUCAUUCUACACUACACUUCAGCAUUUCACCCUGUAUACACAGGGUUAAGGUACUUUCUCAUUAUACACUACACUUCAGCAUUUCAGCCUGUAUACACAGGGUUAAGGUACUUCCUCAUUAUACACUACACUUCAGCAUUUCACCCUGUAUAUACAGGGUUAAGGUACUUCCUUAUUAUACACUACACUUCAGCAUUUCACCCUGUAUACACAGGGUUAAGGUACUUCCUCAUUCUACACUACACUUCAGCAUUUCACCCUGUAUACACAGGGUUAAGGUACUUCCUCAUUAUACACUACACUUCAGCAUUUCAGCCUGUAUACACAGGGUUAAGGUACUUCCUCAUUCUACACUACACUUCAGCAUUUCACCCUGUAUACACAGGGUUAAGGUACUUCCUCAUUAUACACUACACUUCAGCAUUUCACCCUGUAUACACAGGGUUAAGGUACUUCCUCAUUAUACACUACACUUCAGCAUUUCACCCUGUAUAUACAGGGUUAAGGUACUUCCUCAUUAUACACUACACUUCAGCAUUUCACCCUGUAUACACAGGGUUAAGGUACUUCCUCAUUCUACACUACACUUCAGCAUUUCACCCUGUAUACACAGGGUUAAGGUACUUCCUCAUUAUACACUACACUUCAGCAUUUCAGCCUGUAUACACAGGGUUAAGGUACUUCCUCAUUCUACACUACACUUCAGCAUUUCACCCUGUAUACACAGGGUUAAGGUACUUCCUCAUUCUACACUACGCUUUAGCAUUUCACCCUAUAUAAAUAUUUGACGACUGGUCUGGCCU